AUGUCUUCGAAGGAAUCCAAUCCCUCAUCCCACGCGGAAGUGGAUACGUCGACCAAGUCGCCUCCCUUAACUAGGCACUUUCCCAAGCCGGCAUUCUACAUUUUGUACCAUAUCGUCGCUUCGUGCACCGUAUCUGAGGUGACUCUCAGAGUCUUAGUCGCAGACGAACGCUUCUGGACUGUCGCUUGGAACAUGGCAGAUCUCGCGUUAGGCAUCCUUGUAGUGAUGACAUUCCCACUGUCUCUUUCCCUUCCAAGCGAAUUUGUCACAGUUCACCUCACGGUUGCGGCAGCGUGCUUGCUGUUCAUACGUAUUGUGACGCACUUCCUGCGAUUUGUCCUUGCAAUGAGGAGUUACGCUACACUAUUGUCAACGAUAGACGCAGAGCGGCCUGGAGACGGAUUCGCAGGAGGCAUGUUGCAGCCGGAUCUUGAUGACUUCGACCUGAAGACGCUUCUCGCGGAGUUUGUCACAAACGUAUCGCAGCACGUCAGCAUUGCGACGAUCGCUGUUUCUGACAUGGCAGCAACGACAUUGCCUCUUGCUCAUGUUCGAGCUAGUGCUCCUAGGCGAAUGGGUUCUGAGGGCAAAUGUCCCGCCUUCUGUGAGAAUGGUUUCCUGGCAUUUACGGUGUCAGACCUUGGGAUAUUUGACGUCGUUUUCAUCAUCUUCAACGGGGUCGCAUUGAUUCUGCUCGGCGUCCUGGGCCGCCGCCCUAGAUUUGUGAUAGGUGUCCUUACAGCCUCGGUCGUUUUGGCCAGGAGCAUCAUUCAAUUGAUCCGUGCUUUGUAUGCACUCAUGCGCUCCAAUGCUUUGAUACCAGCUGCCGGAGCUAUUCGUCUUCCAUUCCUGUCGUCGAGUCCGGUAUCUCCUAGUGGUCCCUUCAAUGAACGCGCUGGACCUAUUGAUGACUGA